AUGGACCAUAACCAGAAAGAGGUCAAAUCAGCUGAGCAAUUGGAGGAGGCGAAGCUAAUGGCCAAAAAGUAUCCAAAGGGCUUACCCAAACCUGAAUCCAUAUUUCUGCAGAAGCGCAUGAAGAAGGGUCAAAAAUAUUUCGAUUCGGGUGAUUACCAGAUGGCCAAACAGAAUCCAGCCAAGCCGAUGCAGGUGGAUAAAGAGAUUACCGGAAGUCUUAUUCCAACGCCCGAAUCUGUGUCAAAGCUCAAAUGUUCCUUGACCAAAACUUCGAAUUUGGCUAAGAAAUAGACGUAUACACAUACAUAUGCGCAUAUGCCAGUUAUUUUGCAUAUGUACGUAUACGUAUAUAGAUAACGUUGUGGUGCCAUUAUCAAUUUAAUAUA